UAUUUCCAAAACACAAGAUUGUUAUCAGUCACAGAAUAAAUUUUGACACUUGUUCAUUUUUUGCUCGCCGUCAUUUUUUAUUGCACCCCUCCCAGGAAGCACCGCUUAUCCAUGUCAUGCAUAAUUCAUGAGCAAGUGAAAUCGCGAGUGCCGCAAAACAUGACACCCAUUAAGGGCUUUCACCCCAAGGCAAACAUACACGAAACUCUUGCAUAUGCAGACGACAAAAAUUUCAGAAUGUACACCGUUCUUAAUUGCAUUUUUCGUCAUUACUGCAACACCAAAAUUCUCUUCUGUGCUCCACUUUUUAUUAAUUCCUAACCGAGGCCGCGAAUCGAUUAAGGAAUGCGAAUAUGAAGACAUACCAGAGGCGCAUUCUUGUUCGCCCUCGGGUGAUUACGACGUGCCUCAAUCCCACCAACCCUAUACACAUCCUGCUUUAUAAAAGGGUGCCCCCGCAUUUUCGCAUCUCCAUUUGCCAAAGUGGAGCUGUGCAGCCACCAGGAUGAGACUGAGGAUCGUGUUUUAUUUCAUCGCCAUAGUAAUUAAUUCGGCGUCAGGAAAAGUUUUCAACAUUCCACUCGAUCCGUCAGGCAACAUUACCCUUCACUGGCUGCCCGAUUACCCUGACGAGAAGGUGUCGUUUGAGAUACAUUUCAGGACGGAGAGCCCUAGGCAGUGGUUGGCGCUCGGAUUUUCCAAUUACGGUGAAAUUACUCCUGCAGACUAUUGUUUGUACUGGGUCGAUUGGAAAGGAAACCCUCAUCUCACGGAUACUUGGUCUGAUGAGUCGGGUAAAAUUCACGAAGAUGAUUUGCAGAAUUGUGCCAAUUUUAAAAUUGCCAACCACGGAGAAAUAAUUAAAUUUUCAUUCAGUCGCAAAUUUGACACUUGCGAUGAGGAAGAUUACCUUAUUGAAGACGGUACAACUCACGUGGUUUGGGCAGUAGGCGAAGGACCUCUGUAUCGAGUGAACGGCCUCAAUAUAGCUACAGGAAAAAAUGGCUUUCAAAGAACGCAGCUUUUAAAAGCCCUUCUGCCCGAGCCUGAUUUUCCAGCCGACGCUCGCGCUUUGCAUUUCACUUCGGACCGUGCCAAGGUUCCCGCGGACGAAACGACUUACUGGUGCACCAUCCACUUGCUGCCAAAAGCGCUACAGGAAAAGAAACAUCACGUUUUGCAGUUUGGUGCUGCCAUCCAAGACGGAAAUGAGCCCCUGGUGCACCACAUGGAACUUUUUCACUGUGAACUUCCUGCCAAGCAAAAAGUGCCAAGUUACCAAGGCCCUUGCUUUGCCAAAGACAAGCCACCCAUUCUCGAACACUGCAAAAGGGUUCUCUCAGCGUGGGCAAUGGGAGCCCAGCCGUUCGAUUACCCUCAAGAAGCUGGUUUGCCUAUUGGUGGGCCCGAUUUUAAUCCUUACGUCAUGCUCGAGGUUCAUUACAAUAACCCAGAACUUAAGUCUGACUGGGUGGAUAGCUCAGGAAUUAAAAUUCUCGUCACGCCAACACUGCGCCCACUAGACGCCGGUGUUAUGGAGCUUGGUUUGGAAUAUAUCGAUAAAAUGGCUAUUCCACCCAUGCAGCCGAGUUUCACUCUUUCUGGCUAUUGUAUUAGCGAGUGUACUGCAGUGAGUUUGCAACAAGAUGGAAUCGUGAUUUUUGCAUCCCAAUUGCACACCCACUUGACAGGUACCAGGGUAGAAACGAGGCAUAUCAGGGACGGACGGGAGCUGCCGCUGCUCAACCAAGACCGCCACUACAGCACCCACUUCCAAGAGAUCCGCAAACUCAAGCGGCCUGUUCGCGUACUGCCUGGUGACGCUCUCAUCACGACCUGUUACUACAAUACAAAGGAUAGGAAAAAUAUAACUUUGGGUGGAUUUUCCAUAAGCGAUGAAAUGUGCGUCAACUACGUUCACUAUUACCCAAAAUCUCGGCUAGAAGUUUGCAAGAGUGCCAUCAGCUACGAAAGCCUGUGGGAUUAUUUCCGUUUCAUGAGAGACUGGGACGGUCAAUCUAAAAUCGAGCCUCAAGGUGCAAUAUCUAAGAAUUACGGCUCGAUUCGCUGGACGCCUGCCAGAGCAAACGUUCUUCAUCAAAUGUACUUGGAAUCACCUUUGUCCAUGCAGUGCAAUCAGUCCAACGGCGAGCGGUUUCCUGGAGAGUGGGAAAAUUCACCACUCACAAAUAUUCUUUACCCACUUCCACCGAAACCAAGGCCAGCGUGCGAAACAGGAUAAAAUAAUGACAAAAUGAAAAAAUUUCAAGCUUAAAAAAAUCAAUGGUUAUAAAAAAAUACA